UGCCACAGGAUUCUUGUCAUCCACUCAAGGACGCAUUUUGAAGACGAAGGAGUUGGAAGGAUUGCCAUCCUUCACCAUAUCAUGCCGAAUACCACUGCUCCAGUUUCACAUUCGGAGCUGCGAUCAGAUACGACACAUAGUCCGGCCUCAGAUUCGAACCCAUACUAUGGACGCCACUCCAUUGUCAAUGAUGGUGCUAGAUACCAAACCAAACCAUUAAUCUCCACCAAGGGCUGGACCCUCGCGCAGUUGAUCAAAAAAUCGCCUAAUUUUUGUCCAGUGGACAGGGUCCGUUUUGACGAUCCGAUGCUAAUCCAGACAAUUCGGAUGUACGAAGAGUCUGGUGCCCCCUUAAUCAUUGAAGGAUUCCAUGAACACGAUAGCUGGCCCGCCGAUCUGUUUACCUUGGAUUGGCUCAGUGAGCAUGGGAAACCGGGGGCGUUCGCACGCAACGUGCACACCUGGGCUGAUUUCGACCUGCCCCUUUUAGAGCUCAUCCAUAAACUUCGUGCGACACCAGUAUACGCUAAUGAAAAUGAAACCGAGCGACUGUAUGGCAAAGAUGCGGAAUGCCCGCACGAGUGGGCAAAUUGGCUAUCAACGUCUAGCGUCCUCCCAAGCGAUCUUCUGCCUCACGGAACCAAUGAUUACCUAAAGUACCUUUCGAGUGAUGUUCAGACUUUGAUGUGCUACCUCGGAGUAGGGGACACGUUCACUCCUUUCCACAAGGAUCUUUGUGCAUCUUCUGGCCAAAAUCUUAUGUGUUAUACUGAGAAUGGUGGUUCAUCUUUCUGGUUCAUGACAGAGAGUUCAGCUGCACCAGCCAUGGCUGCAUUUUUCCAGAAGAUGAACGAAGAAUUAGACUUUGAGACACAUGUCGUAACCACGAAAGAGUUGGAGCAGUCGAGACUAAAAAUCUACAUUGCGGAACAAACCCUUGGCGACUUGGUACUCGUUCCCCCAAGAAGCUGUCACCAAGUCAUCAACAAUGGUGGCAUCACGAUGAAAACAUCCUGGUCGCGUAUGACUCUCAAAGGGUUGUCGAAUGCUCUUUAUCAUGAACUUCCCGUAUAUCAUCGUGUAUGCCGACCGGAAACAUACAAGGUCAAGUUGAAUAUAUAUCGCGCCCUUCACCGCCAGACACAGAUGCUUCGUGAACUUCGGCAGCAGACAAGUUCUCCUCACUCCAAUCGAUCAUCGCUCACUGUGAACUCGGACCUUGAGCGAGUCGCUGAUGAUCUCCAUCACUUACUUGAGUUGCUUGAUGAUGUCCUCGGGGAAGAAUAUUCACCAAAGCAUCAAGAUAUGCUGCAUGUUUCGCAAUCCGAUACCUGCCAUCAAAAUGACAUCUGCUGCGACUUCUGCGGCGCGGAUAUCUUCCAGAGUUUCUUUGAGUGCAUAUCCUGUGCUCUUCAUCUAUCUGGAACCGAUGACGAGAUGAGGAUCGGGGAUGGUAUCGUGGUUUGUCCUCUUUGUUACGUCGAGGGUCGUGGUUGUAAUUGCGGGAUCAUGAAUCCCACUCAAUGUCGGCCUUUUGGCGAUCUGCUAAGAGCCCGCGAUGAAGCCCUACAUGCCAUUCGAGAAGUAUGUCCUGACAUCGUGAAAGACCACAAAUGUCUACUAGGGAAUUUAAAUUCUAUCAUAUCAGCACGUCAUGUCGGCGUCUUCAUAGCUGCAUGCGUCUUGUAUGAACGACGACGGAUAUUCUCUGACAUUGAAGAGCCGCUGCGCAUGUGCUUGUCAAAGCAUGAAGAUUCUCAUAGUGCGAUAAUCUACUGCUCACUCUGUCAUGUCGGACGAUGCACGACUCAUAUAUUGGAGGGCUACCGUACGCAUGCUGCGCUGGCGUUCUUGAUGUCAAAUGAUAUCAAAGUGUGGCAUAGCUACCACAAGGAAUCCAAGGCAGCGUUUAGGGAAGGAUAUGCACGCAUCCAACACGACGAAGAGACUGGGGCGCGUCCGGAUUUUCACUUGAAGUUGGCAUACGUCGCAUCCAAAUUUCGUACAUGCAAGUCUAUCAACCCGAACGCGACGAUACCAGGGUGGUACGAUAAAUGCAUAGAGCUAACUAGUGCGUCUGUUGCAUCAUCGCCUUUCCGUAAAUCUGCAAGCUCCAGUGAAUUGGCAUCGCUUCCAAGCGAUUUUCAAGGUAGUUCAACGAGCUACCAUGCGGCUGGUACUUUCGGCGUUCAUGAAUCAUUUCCCACAACUCGGAAACGUCCGAGCGUACCACUUGCAAAUGGCAAGAAGCGAAGCAUGCUCGACGAUACAACGACUCAUAUAGGAUCUUUGGUAUCUGCCCCACAUUCGUGUUCACGUAUCAGGUAUUGACGUAGGACAUGUAGCCAGGUGAAGAUGGUACAUCUUCAAGAGUUGACGCUUAUUCUCGAGCCCAAACGCGGGAUGUCGAUGAGGAGUAUGAGCAGCUCGAUACCUCUGCCAGCAGUUCGGACGGUCGGCCUUCAAAGAAGCAGCGUGUUGGUCCUCCCGGCAA